AUGUCUAUCGCCCUCUUCUUUGAGCAGUACUACCACGCCCUCCUCAAGCCCGCUACUGCCUCCAAGCCCGCCCAUCCUGGCAAUUAUCUCUUGAACCGCGCAAGACGGCUCGCGAAUCUCGAAACGGAGUUCGCUCAGCCUGAGAACCGGUUCAUGUCGGAGGCGGAGAAGGAGGAGCGGCGGGACGGCAUGGUCAGGGAGGAGAAUCGGAUCCUGCGGGAGAGGAGACGUAGAGUUGGGGCACAGGCGUUCGAGAUGGGACGAGUGAUUGGACAUGGGGCAUUCGGAGUGGUGCGCAUCGCACGGGAGCGGAAGACCGGCAGAUUGGUCGCGAUGAAGCAGCUUCGAAAAUCAGAUAUGCUUCGCAAAUCGCAAGAAGGCCAUGUCAAAGCGGAAAAGGAUCUCCUCGCUGCCGCCUCGUCUCGGUCUGCUCCCGCGCAAGGCGACAAGCCCAGCUGGAUCGUUCAGCUUCACUACGCCUUCCAGGACAAGGACCACCUCUUCCUCGUCCUUGAAUUUAUGGGCGGCGGGGACCUCCUCAACCUGCUCGUCGAGCGCGACACCUUCCCAGAAGACAUGACCCGAUUCUACAUUGCCGAGAUGAUUCUCGCCCUCGAAGAAACGCACACUCUAGGGUACAUCCAUCGCGAUAUCAAACCCGACAACUUUCUCUUUACGCCGGAGGGACAUAUUCGGGUGUCCGACUUUGGGCUCGCCACCGACCUCCAUUGGGCGCACGACACCAACUACUAUGAACAUCAGAGGCAGGCGCUGCUCAAGAAGCAUGGGAUCGACUUGGAGUAUCCAGCCCCGGCGGGGACGGCCAAGAAGCGCAUGAAGAGGCAGGAUGUGGAGAGGAUCAUGGGGAAAGAGUGGAUGGAGGAGGGGAAGGGGGUGUUGACCUGGCGGGAUAAGAACAGGAAGAAGCUGGCGUACUCGGUAUGCGGGACCAACUCGUAUAUGGCUCCUGAGGUCAUUCGAGGACAAGGCUACGGCUUUGGCUGUGACUGGUGGAGUCUGGGCGUGAUCAUGUAUGAAUCGCUCUACGGCUACCCUCCCUUCGUCAGCUCCUCCCGGCACGUCACCCGGCAGAAGAUCCUGAACUGGCGUACCGCGCUGAAGUUCCCUACGACACCGCGUCUCUCUCCAGAUUGUAUCGAUCUGCUCACUCGACUCCUGUGCGAGCCAGAAGACAGGAUCGGCGCUUCGGCUCAGAACGCUCCUUCGGUUUUGACGGUCCGAGGUGCUUCAAGCCUGACUUCCCGGAGCGGGUUUGGGGCGGGUCUAGGCAGCGACGGAGCGGGCGAGAUCAAGGGGCACAAAUGGUUCGCAGGGCUUGACUGGGACAACAUGCACAAGAUGGACCCGCCGUACAACCCCGGCCUGUCGACCGAUGACGAUACCCGCCACUUCGACACGGACAUCCCGGAUGAACCGCUAGCAGCUGCCAACGGCGCCGCCGCCGAUGCCACUCGGGACCCUCUGCUUGGGCAUCGAAAGCUAGGGAAGGACCUCUUGGAGAUCAGGAAAGAGUGA